UCUAGAGAGCGUUCCACCAAAAGCUGACGAUAUCGCCAUUAUAAUGUAUACUUCUGGAUCAACAGGAACACCAAAGGGAGUCCUAUUGUCACAUAAAAACUGCAUUGCAACAAUGAAAGGUUUUUGCGAUGUCGUUCCAAUCUAUCCCGACGACGUCUUAAUAGGAUUUCUUCCACUAGCUCAUGUAUUUGAGCUGGUUGCCGAAAGUGUAUGUUUAAUGACGGGCGUGCCGAUUGGAUAUUCCACGCCUUUGACAUUAAUAGACACUAGCAGUAAGAUUAUGAGAGGCUCCAAAGGAGACGCUACCGUCUUAAAACCAACUUGUAUGACAACUGUACCACUUAUAUUAGGUCGUAUAUCUAAAGGCAUUAAUGAUAAGGUGAAUUCCGGGUCUGCAUUCAAAAAAGCUUUGUUCCAGUUUCUGUACCAAUACAAAGUGAAGUGGACACAAAAUGGAUACCAGACCCCAUUGAUUGAUAGACUCGUGUUUAAGAAAGUUGCCAAGCUAAUGGGAGGACGUGUUCGUAUUAUGAUGUCCGGGGGAGCACCACUUUCACCCGACACACAUGAGCAGAUAAAAACAUGUUUGUGUGUCGAUCUAAUCCAAGGAUACGGUUUAACUGAAACCACAUCGGGAGCGACUGUUAUGGAUUAUCGUGAUAUGCAGUACGGUCGUGUUGGCGCACCUUUGACAGUUUGUGAUAUACGUUUAGUGAAUUGGGAAGAAGGAGGAUAUAGAG